AUGCGGUGGCCUUUAUUCUUUCCGUUGCCCAAGCGAGGUGCUUGCUUGGAUCUGUUGGUGAUAUGCAGCCUGGUGGCGUUGCUCUGGCAUUUUAUUGGAGCACAACAGUUCAACCAUGCGUGGACCAAGAAGGCUUCUUCGGGAAGCUCUGAGGCCUCAAACGAUACUCGACGAUCUUGUCAACGAUUGCCUGGCGCCCACGAGACCGUCGUCGUUAUCGAAACCAGCGCUGCAGAGCUGGAAGAGCGACUGCCAAUCCACUUCUCGACUACUAUUCCCUGCUAUCCAAACUACUUGAUCUUCUCGGACUGGGCCGCGAAGUACAAGAAUCACACCAUACGAGAUGCUCUGUCUUCCGUGAGCCCAGCGCUUCGAUCGACGCAUCCAGAUUUCGACUUGUGGCGGCGAUUGCGAAAGGGUGGACCAGACGUUCUCGAGGAUGAAGAGAUAUGGAACUCAGCCAUGACCACCAAGGACUUGGAUAAGUGGAUGAUCUUGCCUAUCAUCAGGCAAACCUUCGAGCGGUAUCCUAACCAGAAGUGGUACGUGUUCCUCGAGACCGAUACAUUUGUACACUGGAGCAAUCUCCUCGCUUGGUUGCAAGAGCUCGACCCCAAGGAUCUCCAUUACAUCCGAGCUUCGGAAGAUCAAUCCUCUCAGUCUGGCUCUGGCGUCACUCUCUCACAUGCCUCGAUGGAACUCCUGGCGAAGGAGAUUGACGCUGAACAUUCCACUUUCGAGACGCUGACGAAGGCAAAAUCUUCGGGCGGUGCCGUGCUGAGAAUGGUCCUUGCUGGGAUUGGAGUGAAACCCACUUUUGCAUCGCCAAAGAGAGAUACUGCAAGUCUCGGCUCAUUGGACUACAAUGAACGAACAUCUGGCAAGCGACGAUGGUGCUCUCCCGCGGUCGCCUACCACGGCGUAUCCCCAGCUAACAUAGCUGAGCUGUGGAAGUUCGAGCAAGAAUGCGACAUGUUCCAAUUCUUCAUCAAGCCCCGACUGGCUAUCAGAUUCGGCCGGGUCGAUGACUGGGACAACUACAGCAGCGUGAACCCCGCGCAUAGCCAUCCAGCAUCAUCGGUGGACCAAUGUCUGCAGUCGUGCGCAGGACGUUCUGAGUGCGUUCAGUUCUUUUUCUUCAACGGAACUUGCCAUCUUUCGUACGUUCCAAGACUGGGAGACUUCGCGGCCGGCGUACGCUCGCGCUGGAUCCUUCCACGACUGGUACGUUGGGUUGAUAACAUUGAGGCCUGCAGAGAUCAGGAACUUGGAUUCAUCUGA